CUCUGCUACAUCCCAGACUCUGAAAAUAGCAACCCUAAAUCUUUUACGGGCCCGUUGUGACUGUUGGCCGGGCACACUUUAAGCUUAUCGCCAAAUUUGGAGCCAUGGGCGGAGAUCAAUGACCACGAGGCACGCCAGGCAAGAACAAUACUACUCACCACCAUCGCCACAUUAGGCGCAUGUGCACCGGAAGAUGCGCUUUCAGUAAUCGACCAAGUUAUCGUAAGGAUGCCGCGUAGGACACAUAAGAAGUCGCGCAAUGGCUGCUUAGAAUGUAAGCGGCGCCACAUAAAAUGCGACGAGAAACAACCGAUAUGCUCCAACUGUCGGUCUUCGGAACGUUCCUGCGAAUACGCGGAUCCGUUCAUACGGGCGGCCCAUUCGCGGUCAAGCAAGUCAUCAACCCCGUCACCUGCUGGCCUGGUGACGAGUGAAAUAUCCUUGCGGUCGCCUGCACAUCCAUCUUCUCUUUCUGACAGUCCCCCCGUCAAUAUGCUUCACGCUGAGCUGUUCUUCAACUUGGUGAACUACACCCUCGGCAGUCUCAGCGAAGGGGAGACCGGUUGGCUUGGUGCUCCGGAAGUGAUGCGAAUGGUCGUCUCAACGCCCUAUCUCAUCAAUCAAAUGCUUGCAAUGAGUGCUUUACACUUGAGUAUAGUGCAUCCAGAAAACGGAGAGUGGUAUCGGCGCCAUGCAGCCCAUCUACAAACGCAUGCAUUGGAAAUUUACAAUCAAAGGAGACUCGAGGUGAACCAGGAGAGCAAUGUCCCACUAUUUCUUUUCUCCUGCAUUCUCGGCAUGCACACUCUGUGUGACGUCUUGGUUCACCGCGAAGAGACGAGUUUCGAUACAUUUAUAGAGCGAUUUGUGCGUUGUCUCAAACUCCAAAUGGGUAUUCGCGUCGUGAUUUCUUCAACUACAUGGCAAUCACUACGAGAGUCAAUCCUCAGGAAACCGCUUCAAGACGGAGCAAUUUUGUUCGAGUGGGAUACGAAACUUGGACCCGAGUGCGCAGGACUCUUGAGGCUCGUUGAAGGGGCUAAGCUGGGCGACUCCAUCACUUCCACCUAUCGGGGUGCGAUACAGGCGCUGCAGAUGUCUAUGAAUGCAGCUCUCAAGGCCUCGCUGAAAAAUGUCGUGGGUGUUACGGGCUGGCCUGUCAUAGUCAGCCCUGAAUAUGCCGAACACUUGGCAAUGCAGCGGCCCGAAGCUCUGGUAAUUUUAGCUCAUUAUGCCGUUAUUCUAUACUGGCAUCGGCAUCUGUGGCUGUUUGGCGAUGGUGGCCGCUUUCUCAUCGAGUCCAUCAGCAGGCAUCUAGGCCCGAGCUGGGCUGAGUGGUUGGAGUGGCCGAAUCGGAGCUUAAGUGAACCUGGUCGGUUAGGUGGGAUGUCAUAACAUCCCUGCAUACAAUGAUCUUAUCUUUGGGGAGCUUUCGCCGGGAGUUAGAAAGUUCUGAAGGCUUUUUAUAAAAGCGAUCCUCAUACCAUCCGCUCUACCCUUAUGGCUUGAAGACGUGAUAUUCUUUCCCUUUAGGACUGUAAAUUAUUUCUGCCUCAUUUCUACAUGUAUCUGGCGACCUCGAGCACCUUGGGAGAGAAAUCCAGAGAUACCAAUUCUAUGCUUCCUAGAUAUUUCCCUUGCACAACCCCAGUUGACAAUGAACAACAGACUAGUUCUCUCACCAGCAGACAUUCUACGAACGAGGGAAGCAGGAUGUUUACCAGAGUCAUGUGAUUUUACUAUUUAUUCGGUUGUCAUUUCCCGAAACGAAUAAUAAU